ACGGCGACCACCGGACGGAGCGGAGCCGAGCCAUGGAGCUGGAGGCCGCCACCGCGGAUCUCGCGGAGGAGGGCACCAAGGGCGACGACGCGGCGGGCAGGCUCACCUACGAGAUUUUCUCCCUCCUCGAGGCCAAGUUCCUCUUCGGCGCCCCGCGAGCGGCGGCGGUGGACAAGGUGUGCGUCCUCUCCAUCGACGGCGGCGCGCGCGCGUCCGACGGGCUCCUCGCCGGCGCCGCGCUCGUGCGGCUCGAGGCCGCGCUGCGGCGGCGCGCGGGGAGCCCCGCCGCGCGGCUGCCCGACUUCUUCGACGUCGCGGCGGGGUCCGGCGCGGGGGGCGUCCUCGCGGCCCUGCUGUUCGCGCGCGGCCCGCGCGGGCGGCCCUUGUACGCCGCCGAGGACGCGCUCGCGUUCCUGCUCCGCCGCGUCCGGCGUGGGGGCGGGGGCGGGGGCUGGCUCGCGCGCCGCGCCGGCAGGCUCUUCCUCCUCCCCCGCCGCCGCGGCGCCGGCGCGGGGUCCGCCUUCGGGCGGGCGCUCGGGGAGCUCACGCUCCGGGACACGCUGCGACCGGUGCUGGUCCCGUGCUACGACCUCGCGACGCGGGCGCCGUUCCUCUUCUCCCGCGCCGCCGCCGCGGAGUCGCCCGCGCACGACUUCCGGCUCCGGGACGUCUGCGCCGCGACGUGCGCGGGCGGCGCGGCGGUGGAGGUUCGGUCCGUGGACGGCAGCACCCGGAUCCGCGCCGCGGGCGGCGGCGCCGCGCUCGGCAACCCCACGGCGGCUGCGAUCACGCACGUGCUCAACAACCGGCGCGAGUUCCCCGCCGCGGCCACCGUCGGCGACCUCCUGGUCAUGUCAAUCGGCACGGGGCAGGCCGCCGAGCGCGGGGAGGUCGCCCGGAUCGCCGCCGAGGGCGUGUCCGACAUGGUGGAUCAAGCUGUCGCCAUGGCGUUCGGACACAGGAGGACGACCAAUUACAUCCGCAUCCAGGUAACAGCAGUAGUAGUGGAGUACAGUGGUUGUCAAGCAGCAGCAGUAAUCGAUCGUUUUCUACUAAUGGUAGAAACGAAGAUGCGUGAUUGGCAGCUAACAAACUGCUUGAGUACAUACUACACACUGUGUGCAGGGCACGGCGGGGAGCCGUCGCGGCGGCGGCGGGCGGGCGCCCCGAGCGUGCGGCGGCGAGACGGGGGAGCAGGCGGUGUGGAAGGCGGAGGCGAUGCUGCUGCAGAGGAGCGUGGAGUCGGUGCUGUUCCAGGGCCGGAAGCUGGCCGGCGAGACCAACGCCGAGAAGCUGGAGCGCUUCGCGCGGGAGCUGGCCAACGAGCACGCCCGGCGGAGGCGGCGGCAGCAGCAGGAGGAGGAGGAGGGCGUGGAACAGGCGAGCCUCGACGGCGACGUCCCGCCGCCGGCCGUCGUCGUCACUCCAGCCGCGUCCAAACAGACGCCGCCGACGACGCAGACACCGCCGCACAAAGCAAUAACGGCGGCGGCGGCGGCCGCCAGUUCGACGGAGGCCGCGCCACCCGAAGCUCCGCCCCCGCCGCGGCGGCGCUAAGUCUGUAAUAGGGUGUUGCGUCCCUAAACUUUUUGAAAUGAAAUCUUUACACAUUUGAAGUAAUAAACAUAGAGUAAUUACGAAACUAAUUACAGAAUUUGUCUGUAAACUAUGAGACGAAUCUAAUGAGUCUAAUUUAGUACCUAAUCAUA